AUGCCUCUCCAUAUCAUUGACAAUGAUUAUCCCGAAACAGUUGCUUGGGGAGAACUUCUAUUGGAAGUCUACUUCCUCUCCGAGUGGGAAAACCCCCACCCGGACCCCUCGCAACCCAAAGGAACCCCCGCAAACCGUCGCAAACGACUUUUACACGAGAUUCUUCGGCCGAUACGCCCCGAAGCACUACGCACCUACGCUUGUAAUACUUGCGCCGGAAAGGGUCUUUGGCUACGUCUUUGCUACACUAAUGAAGAGGCGCAUAACUCUCUAUGGGCCGACAAUGAAGACGCAGCAGAAUGGGUUACUUACGAUGGGGUAGUACUCGACGACGAAAGUAUCUUUGGUGGUCUGGAUUUGCAAGGCGCUCUGGAAAUCUUUCCUGAGCGUGUCACGACUGAGGCUCUCGAUAUUGAGCGCAGGGACAACGUACUCCGAGAGAUAUUAGCUGCUUAG